UCAGUUUGCAAGCAGCCAGCAUGGUAACAGUUUCGAUGGCGACGUUCUACAUUUUUACUUGGUUUUUAUGGCUCCAAGUAAUUCGAAUUUACGGUGAUGAUAGCGAUCCACCCGUCAACUUUCCACCAACAAUUCCAAUAGCUCAAGGUGAUUUUCUGAACUGGGCGGGUGACAUACAAGUGUCAGACUUGUGGAUUGCGACGCCAGCAGACGAAAACGAUGUUCUCACAAUGGCUAAUUGGGCCGCACAGAAUGAUUUCAAACUGCGUGCAUCAGGAUUCAGUCACAACUGGUCGCCACUAACGGUGACCAAUGGUGACAAUGGAAAUAUUGUUCUGGUCGACACAACAUCAUACCUGAAUAACAUUCAGGUACCAACGCAAAUUUCAGCUUCUCAAUACGCGGUAAGAGCACAGACUGGUGCUAGUAUGCUUCAACUACUGACAUUCUUGGAAAAAUACGGCUAUGGAUUAUACGCAUAUCCAGCUCCGGGCGAUAUAACUAUCGGUGGAGCUUUGGCUAUUGGUGGACAUGGCACGGGAGUGCCAUAUAAAGGAGAAAAAGUUCCACCCAGUCAGGCACUCGGGACACUCAGUAAUUUAGUGAUUUCUUUCACGGCUGUCGCCUGGGACGAAACUGAGAACCAAUUUAUACUGAAAACAUUCCAAAGAUCCGAUGUUGAAGCGAAAGCUUUCCUUGUUAAUUUUGGACGCACUUUCAUCACAGAAGUGACCUUAUUGGUCGGAUUAAACUACAAUCUUCGGUGUAAGAGCACUACAUUAGUGACAAAAGAUGAAUUAUUUUCGCUGAUUCCAGGACCAAAUGCCUUAUCAACCUUGCUUGACGAAACGGGACGUGUUGAAAUCAUAACUUAUCCGUUUACAAGCACUCCAUGGUUGAAGAUAUGGUCAAUUGAACCAACUAAGCCUCUCCUUUCUCGAGAAGUCACACAGCCGUUCAAUUAUAUUUUCUCUGACAAUUUGCCGAAAUCCGUAACUGACAUUAUAGGAAAUAUGACGAAGGGUGCGUGGGCAUUGACCCCAUUGUUAGGUACAACUAUGUUGACUACGACAACGACUGGUUUAUUAGCCACACUCACCGGAGAUAUAUGGGGCCCGUCGAAAAAUCUCUUGCUGUAUGUUAAGCCAACAACGUUAAGAGUCACUGCCAAUGGUUAUGCGGUUAUUACAGAACGUUCAAAUGUUCAACGAGUAGUCAGUACAUUUAAUACAUAUUAUGAUGAUUUGGUUGCAGCAUGCCAAAGUGCCGGUGAAUAUCCAUUUAAUGGACCUGUGGAAAUUCGAGUUACAUCCUUGGACAAUGCAAACGUUGUAGCUAACAGUGAAGUGCCGUCAUUUUCUGCAAUUCAUCCGAUAAACGAUCAUCCCGAAUACGACACCGUUAUUUGGUUCGAUGUUCUGAGCAUACCCAAUACUCCCUAUUUGAAUGAAGCCAUGCGUUUAUUGGAGCUGUUCAUGUUGAAUGAGUAUAACGGAGACUAUGCAAGUAUCCGGCCAGAGUGGUCGAAAGGAUGGGCAUACACGGAUGAAGGUGCCUGGACAGAUAUAGACUUUUAUAGACAGUUCGUUCCAUCUACAUUCCCCAGUACAACAAAUGCGGAUGGAUGGAACUGGGCUGUGGAAACGUUAGACGAAUAUGAUCCGAAUGGAGUAUUUACGAAUUCGUUCAUCGAUGCAUUGGUGAAAACUGUGCCUCAAGAAAUUCAAUAAGUUUUGAAAUGUUUCGUGUUUCGUGUAAGGACACAUUUUACGUGAUUUUGUUUGCAUUUCCAGUCUACUUAUCUAUAGUUCGUAGAAGUUUUCAAGUAACAGAAAAUGUAAUUCGGUU